AUGAUGAAACUGAAUACGGCUUCAACUGACUGUGAGCUGAAAAGGAACCAUAUGGUUCCUUUUCAAGCUCAUGCGACCAUCACUGUUUUGGGAGCCUGGUUUCAUGCCAUAACUGCAUUAAGUAAUGCAGGUUUAAGAGCUCAGAUAUCCGCCCCUCCUGGAUUUUCGGUACCCAGCCGAGCACCACCUCCGGGGUUUACUUCUCAUGAGAGAAUGGAACAUACUUUUGGCACAUUGUCUGGGAAUGAUAUGCUAAACACUUCUUCCUUGUUAAGAAACCCAUAUCAGUUUCUGCCAGAAGGGAUGAUUGGUAGCCCUGGGGAGAUUGAGUUUAUGGAUCCUGCAAUUUUGGCAGUGGGUAAGGGGAGACUUCCAGGUGGCUGCAAUAGCCCAGGCUUAGACAUGAGAUCAAAUUUCUCUCCACAGUCGAGUACAUUGGAAAAUGACGCAAGAUUUCACCUGUUGAUGCAAAGAUCACUUUCUCCUCAUCAGAACCAGAGAUUUGCAGGAAUGGGGGAUAGUUUUUCUUCCCCUAGCAAUGCUUAUGGGAUUCCUUCAAGGAUUAUGGAGCAAACAUCGACCAAUAAUCUAUCCUCAUUUCCGCAAUUCAGUCUUCCGCAGUCCAGAAAUGCCGUCAUAUCAAAUGGCCACUGGGACGAUUGGAGUGAAGUUCAGGGUGGAAAUGAGCUAAUCAGAACUGAGAGAAUGGGAUAUAACUUUACUGGUUAUGAGGAUUCAAAGUUCCGGAUGCCCAGCUCAGGCAGUUUGUAUCAUAGAACAUUUGGGAUCUGA